GUUAAUAAUUUUGUAACUCUUUUCUUAGUUAAAAUACUAAAUUGUGUAAUGUUAACCUCUAUGUAUCUCUUCCAAGUCAAUAUCAUAUUGCCAAGUCAAUAUUAAAACAAAAUUGCUAACUGGAAGUUAAUAUUUAGCUAAUUAUUAGUAAUUCAAUAGGUUUGGCUAAUAAAAAAUAAUUUGAAAAAUGUUUGGUUAAUAAAUAGUUGUUACUCUUAAAUUAAUACUAAUUAAUCAAGACGGUGUAAAUGAAAGGCAGGAGUUAUCCACACCAUAAUUAAUUUGGAAUAUUUAUCCAUCUAACCGCCUCACCGCCCAAACGGAGGAAGAAGAUGGAGGAGCUGUCCACAAUUGGAAUCGGAGAUGAGGAUGGAGUAGCUGAGCAAAAUCCUGGCCUUCCAUUCCUGAAUUCCAUAUCCUGCAAAAUGAACUACGCAAAGUGCCCAGAUAUUCAAUUGGGAAGUCGAAGAGGCAACUGCAGCAUCCUGGUUGGGUCUGGGAACUGAUGGUUCAUGGUUGCAAGCCUCUCUCUAUUUCUCGCAACGAAAACAGUGAAGGCAAAUUCAAGGAAAAUGACAGAACCCCAUCAGAUAAAAGAAGAGCUGUGAUCAUCGAGAUUGCACAGAGGUGUCGAAACCCACUCGUCAUGGGGGAAUUGUUGCUAAGGCGAAAGCCUCCUCUCUGUUGGAGGCUCCAGCAGUGGAGAGGGUCGGCGCCAAGGAAAUUGGCGGAUCGUUCUGAUGUGGGCAGCAGUGAGGAAGCGGAGAUGAUGAGCACCGACAUAAGAGCUUUUCCAAAAAAAAUUAAUUCUGACACUGGUAAUAACUCCGUGCACCAAAAAGAUAAGCAAAACAGGCUUCAAACACCCUGGGAAGAAAGUUUUGAGCGAAUCGUCCCUUCUUCUUCUGGUUGCAACUUGCAAGGAAUCGUAAACCCUUCCCCUGGGAGAAUCUAUGUUGUGAGUGAGUAUGUGGUGGAUUUGGGGUUGGCAAGGGAGAUUAGAGAGGGUAAAGAGAGGGGUAGCGGCGGCGGGCGGGAUCAGAGCUUCUAGCUUGAUUUUCCUUGGUUGAUUUUCGAUGGCUGCUUGAUUCCUCUUUUUCCUUCUCUUCUGCGUGUUGCUGCCUCCCUUUUCCUCUAUCGAUCAGCUUCUCUCUUCUCCUCAUAAGCUUGCUAUGUUAUAUUGAUGGGCCGUGUAUUGAAUUGACAAAUGAACUUUCUUAUUUCAGUUUGGGUGAGUCUCAUAUCCUAUGCAAUGACGCUUCUUCUCCUGUCUGGCCCAAGCAAUGUGAAAAGUUGGAAGUGGCCAUGGACUAAAAUCCAGAAGCCCCAUUCUGUGGCAAGACUGGGCCACAGCGUGUCUGGGCAUUGACAAACUUAGGGAAAACUACGUUGGGCUUGACAAAGCGGUCGACCAGUGAGCGUAUGCGGCAAACCAAAUACACUAUUGUCUGUUUU